AUGCCGGUUCCCGACCCGUCUUCUGCAGAGUUGGGCACUAGCCUCCCCUCGGCGGCACAAAUGGAGGAAGAUUUUGCAAUGGCGGCCGAAAGUAGUUCGGAGGACGAGGAGGAUAUUGUCAUGGCCGAGGCUGGCGAAGUACAAGGCGUUGAAGAAGACACUAAAGCGGCAACUGAACCCCCAGCGGCCCAGACCGUGGAGGAUGAAAGCAUAGGAGUGGAGAUCAAGCAGGAGACAAAGCCGGCAAUCAAGCAGGAAGGGAAGCCAGAAGUCAAGCUCGAGGAUUUGUUUGAGGGGCUGGACUCGGAUGAUGACGAGUUUAUCGCCCCCCCUCAGGGGCUAAUCGAGACCAAUGAUACUUCUUCCAUCGAGCUUCUCCGCAUCUAUUACCAGCGCUUUUUCCCCUGGCGGUACAUGUUCCAAUGGCUGAACCACAGCCCGAUCCCCUCGAACGACUUCAAACACCGCGAAUUCAGUUUGUGGCUCCACAACGACGCUGUGAUGCGGUACCAGUCAUACAAGACAUCAGAUAUGCUUCGCCAAGACGUAUUGCGACUGAUGCCGAGACGUAUCGAAAUCGGGCCUGUGUAUACAGCGGACCCGAGAGACCGCAAGACAUUCCGGAACUCGACCGCCUUUGUACCCAUGGCGAAGGAAUUAUGUUUUGAUAUCGAUCUAACAGAUUAUGACGACAUCCGGACGUGCUGCGAUAAGGCAAACAUUUGCAACAAAUGCUGGAAGUUUACGACCAUGGCCAUCAAGGUUCUCGACACGGCGUUACGCGAUGACUUUGGCUACAACCACAUCCUCUGGGUCUACUCUGGCCGUCGAGGUGUCCACGCUUGGGUCUGCGACAAGAAAGCUAGGGCCCUGAACGACCACCAAAGGAAAGCCCUUGCCUCCUACUUUGAGGUCGUGACCGGCAAGGAAGGUGGCAAGAAGGUUAACAUCCGUCGGCCGUUACACCCCCACCUUUCACGAAGCAUCGACAUUCUCAAAGACCACUUCCAAGAGGAUGUCCUAGAGGUUCAAGACCCCUGGCAGACCCCCGAGAAGGCGGACGCCCUCCUCCAACAGAUCCCGAACCUCCAACUCCGCGAAGCCUUGCGCAAGAAGUGGGAGUCCUCUCCCGGCCGCCCCUCCGUCUCCAAGUGGGCCGACAUCGACGUGCUAGCGCAGACGGACGGCGUCGCCGGACUCGACCCCAAGGACCUCCUGGACGCCAAGCAGGACAUCGUGCUCGAGCACACGUACCCGCGCCUCGAUAUCGCCGUGUCCCAGAAGCUGAACCAUCUGCUCAAGAGCCCCUUCGUCAUCCACCCGGGCACCGGCCGCGUCUGCGUGCCCAUCGACAGAAACGACCUCGACGGGUUCGACCCGCUGGACGUGCCGACCCUGCAGGGGCUGGUGGGGGAGGUCGAUGCCUGGACCGAGACCGAGGGGGCGGCGGCGGCUAUGGCGGCCGUGGAGGUGUCAGAGGGAAGUCAUCGUUUGUCACGGCGCUAA